CAUUUAGUCGAGCGCCCUCAACAAAAAUUAAGUCUGGCACCCUGUUCAGCAGAAUCAUGUAACGUAAAUCCAUCUGAGUUUUACCCAACUACCGAAAUGGGCUAAAGAAAUGAGUGGAUUCGGUGAGUGAAAUAUUGGAAAAGUUACAAUUUCUUCUUCUUGAGUCUUUCUUUUUCUGCCCCGAAUGGUGAGGAUAUAUCACACAGGCUUAUAGUAUCCCUAGGUGAACAGACUUAAAGACAUGGCGGCGUAUAUCCGUGUCGUUGAGGACGAGUCCGAUCCUGAAGUGAUAGAGUUACCGGUUGAGCCGGACGGCACAAUGUUGCUGAGUACGCUGACCGCGCAGUUUCCGUGCGCCUCCGGGCUGAAGUACCGUAACCCAGGCACACGAAGUCUGAGAGGACUACGGGUCGUGGAAGGAAGAAUACAACCACCGGAUGAUGUAUGGGGAGACCAUCUUUACAUAGCAGUCUUCCCUAAAGAUAACAAGCGCAAAGGAGAUGACAGUAGUGAGAACAAUUCUGCUAAAACCCGUCGUGUAGAAAAUAAAACUGUUGACCUCAUUGUACUAGGCUUAGCAUGGAAGACAACAGUAGCUAGCAUGAGGGAAUACUUUGAGAAGAAUUUUGGUGAAGUUCUCAUGUGUGAGAUCAAAAAGAACUUGGAAAACCAAUCCAAAGGCUUUGGUUUUGUGAGAUUCAAAGAUUACAAAGUACAGUGCUCAGUGGUAUCCCAGAGACACAACAUUGAUGGCAGAUACUGUGAUGUCAAAAUACCUGAUUCAAAGAAUUCCCAAGACUCCAAAAAGAUGUUUGUGGGUCGUAUGCCACAAGACAUGACCAAAGAGGACUUGUACAACUACUUCUCUAAGUACGGUGAAGUUACAGAUGUCUACAUUCCAAAGCCCUAUCGCUGUUUUGGCUUUGUGACAUUCUUGAGGUCUGAUGUAGCAUCGGUUGUUGCCAGUGAAGACCACAUUUAUAAGGGUGCAAGUCUACAAGUGAAUCGCGCUGAGCCUAAGAAUCCCAAGAUUAGAAUGCAAGGAGACGACCAUUAUUCUGGCUAUGGGUACGGAGGAGGGGGAGGCUAUUCAGACCAAGGCAGAUACUACUCCCGAGGGGAUUACUCACAGAGUGGGCGUGGUCGAGGACGAGGGGGCGGCAAAAUUGGAACGAGAGGAGGAGACGGGUACCGAGACAGAGACCAAGGUAGUAUAGGGGGACCAGGGAAUCAGGUAAAUACAUGUACGUCCAACGUUGGUGGGGGGAUGGGUGGGGGUAUGGGCGGGGGUAUGGGAGGUGGUAUGGGGGGCGGUAUGGGAGGUGGUAUGGGCGGUAACCCAGGCGGGCAGGGUCCUGGACAGAUGGGGAAUUUCCCCUGGAACCAAGCAAUGCUUGCGGCGCUCAGCCAAGCAGGCUGGGGCAUGAUGAGCAACAUGCUGGCUCAAGGCAUGCAGCAGGGCAUACAGCAACAGCAGCAGCAACAGCAGCAACAGCAGCAGCAAGGCAACCAGCAACCUCAGCAGCAACCCCAGCAGCAAUCGCAGCAGUCACAGGUGGCUAUGUCACAAGGCAGUCAAUCAUCGCAGGUGUCUAACCCAGUCAUGCAGACACCAAACAGUAGCGGGGGAUAUGGAUCAGGGCAGCAAUCCUUAGGAUGGGGGUCUGGCCAGUCUAGUGUAGGGGAAACAGGAAGUCCUGGGUAUCUAAUGGGAGAGAGUAAAAGUGGAGGCAGUGGCUGGUAGCAUGUAGAGUUGUACUCUACUGUCCAAAGUAGACAUCUCACUAGAUCUCUCAACUUCAGUGGUUAUCUUCCUUUGAUGUUUUGUGCUCAGCCAAUUUGAAAUCGAUGGAAUAUUACAUCAAGCAUGAACUGUGCUCUGCUGUUUAUUGAAGAUAAUGGAUUUCACCUGUCAGUAUUUCUCCAAGCUUGUUGCUGUCGCAUUAUUCUUUUUACCAACUUUCAUGGACUGCUAUGAAGUGUGCUUUUCCAAUUCAAAUAACAGAUCAUCACCAUGAACAAAGGUCAGCAUUACACUACUUUACAUCAGUAAUCAUCAAUCAGUGUCAGACUUGACAUCUUAAUUGUUAACACAGGUGCAAAUAUAUAUAAUAGCCAAAAUGGAGUAUUUUACCUUGGCCUUUUUUUUAAUACGAUGUGUGUGUAUGUUGGGGGGGGUUGUGGCAUAGUUGGGGUGGGGGGAUUUGGGGGAUUUGAUUCAGGCAAAGCCUAUGUGAGACAAUUGUGUAUAUACACACUGGGAUGUGCGUAUACACAACAGACUGUUUUUCUGAAUUGAUAUCAGUGUGAUAGGAUUGUGUGCUAUCAUGUAGAUGGCUGUUGACCAGUUUUGAAAUAGAGGAUAAAUGUUGUGGCACUGAUGCGCUCAUGCAGGAGAAAGUGCUGAUUAAAAUGCUGAUUAAAAAGCUCUAGAACUGGAUGAAUCUUUAAGGAUCAGAAGUAAGAGGGAUAUUUAAAAGCAACGUGAGGCAUUAGAAAUGGACAUAAGAUGUUACAGAUGUGAAGGAUCAGAAAUUAUGGAUGAGAUUAUGAAAGGCUGAUCAGUGAAACGGUAAGCAUGGAUUGAAGAUUUUUAUUGAGAGAUUGGAGAACUAUUCAUUGGGGAUUGAAAUAGUUCUGAUAAGGGAUAGAAGAAUUUUAUUAGUCUGAACUUUGGAAUUUGUUUUCAAAUGUGUGAGCCUCAUUUUAGUUCAGUUUGUAUGUAAUUGGCACAAAGUGCAAAGUGGUCAUGACCUGCACAGUGACAAUAAUGUGAAAUGCUGAUCAGACGAAAUCAGUGCAUUGCCUUCAAAUAAGGCUGCAAAAUGAAUGGGUGCUUUGGACGUAGGUUUUGUAUAUACACUGUACAUGUAUUCAGUCAAAAAAGGAUUUUUAUGUGACCUCUCCGAUGUCAGUAUUUGGUCACCCUCCGGAGUUUGGGAAAGAGCCCAAGUGUGAGGUAUAUUGUAGAUUGUUUGUGCUCAUUAAGUAUUAGCUGUGAGAAAAGGUUGUCAGAAUUUAAAGUAGAUCUAGAUAAUGCUGUUUAAAACCACAUUCAUGUUGCAAAAAAUGAAAUGGAUGUGAGCUCAAACCAAAAAAGAUGCCUCAGUGGUCAAAGGAUGAACUAAAGGACUUUUGAAAGUAAAUCUGAAACCUUUUAGCAUGCACCAGACUGGUAAAUGUUGACAAAUCAAUGUGAAGGACUGUGUGCAGAGAAUAAAGCUUGUACUUUAUGCCUUGUCUUAGCCAUUGCCUCAAGUAUGCGUGUAAAACCAUCACCACAGAGCAAGUUUUUCAAGUCCACUCAUGAAUACCCUUUUAUUACGAUGUAUUUUUUGUUGUUCUGGCUUGCUCAAAUCACUUUAUUAGCUCGUGUGUCACCACAUGGUAUACAGCUAACUGGACUGCAUGAAGUUAUUGAAUUUGUAUGUCUUAACCACUUGCUGCCGGGGAGCUUGGUUUCUAACUUGUAUUCUUUAUAUGCACAGCUAGGGUGUCCGAAAUCAGACAAUGGGAACUGGGCCUUGUAACAAAAGACUGUAUUCAUAACAAAAGACCAGGCAGCUGGGCAUUACUUACGUUUGUUCAUUGUCAAUGGUGGAGAUAAUCCGGCGGUGUUUUGAAACAGUAUACUACUGUUUGUGGCAUUCAGUGCGAGCGGAUUACCACUGAGGACAAGAGCCCUCCAGCACUGUAGUGAUGAGCCACACAGUACCGCCGCAUGCUAAUUUGGUCCCUAUUGAAACUGUGCCAGUUUCGGGAACAAAAGAAAAUUACGUAACAGCACACAAUCUGGGCUCUUUUUACAAGGCGGCAGGCCUGGCUGAAGUACUCAGUACGUCAAUACAUGUUGUCUAUCGGAUUAGAGUAGAAACCCAGACAGUCCUUUGUGUGGGUGUAAGUGUCCAGUAAAUGAAGGUAUGAAUUUUUAAAGAAU